AUGGCCUACGCCAACUCACCAUACCCCCCAAUCAAAGGUUACUCAAUUGGUCCAGACAUCGCCGAGGGUGGAUUCUCCAAGGUGUAUAAGGCAUUCAAUCCAGACAAACCACCCCCAUGUAUAGCCGCAAUCAAGGUGAUCUCGCUGGUCAACGCAUCUUCUGGACCGACGUUGGAUGAACAAUCCUUCAAGAGAAUCAAGAAAGAGAUCAAGGUUCACUCGGCAUUAAAACACGCAAAUAUCUUGGAACUAAUCGAUAGCGUCGAGGACCAGGAGGGGAUCCCAAGUCGGAAGAUCCCCCCUGCCUUCUACAUUAUUCUGGAGUAUGCCGUCGGUGGCGAUCUGUUCGAUCAACUAGUUCCGGAUGUUGGUCUUUGUAACGACGAUGAAGUGAUCCACUUUUACUUUCGUCAAUUAAUGUCAGGUCUUCACUUCUGUCAUUCCAAGGGAGUGGUUCAUCGCGACCUGAAGCCCGAAAAUAUCCUGUUAGAUGGACGAGGGAACCUAUUGAUCUCCGAUUUUGGUCUUUGUUCCGUCUACAAAUACAACGGAAAAGAAAGACUGUUAACAGAGGUAUGCGGGAGUGCACCCUACGCGGCACCAGAAUUGGCCCUUGGGCGACCUUAUCAUGGGCCUGCUAUCGAUCUUUGGUCUUCCGGUAUCAUACUCUACGUGCUUCUUGUAGGCAAUACCCCAUGGGAUAACCCGACGCUGGAGAGUCCCGAGUUUGCAUCUUAUGUCAGAGGAGUCAUCUGGAACAUGGAUCCUUGGUGUCGAAUAAAACCAGAGCUGAAGGCUUUGUUGCAAGAGCUGAUGAAUAUCGAUCCCGAGAUGAGAAUAACGAUGUCUCAGUUGGUCAAAAACCCUUGGUUCAGGAUGAAAAAUCCGUUGAUGAAUGCCGAAGGUCUUACGAAGUCCGGCGCGAACUUAGCAGUCAGACUAGCUAAACAACGAGGUGAACUUGAAGGCAGGCAUGAGGAAGACGAAGUCAGAAAAUUAGCCUCGGAACUAGUCAAUACACCCGCCAUCGAGGUUUCCCUAGAUGGGGAUCCCUCAAACGUUCAACUGUCUCAAGAAAUCGGCCAAUCUCAACUUGGUACUCGGUUCAAGAACGAUUUGAAUAUGAAUCCCACCCAACCGUUUUCUUGCACUGUCAGGCUAUUUACUGCAGAUCCCGUCUUGGCAUCUCAAAAAAUGCAACAUGCAAAUUUAUCGACGAUGUUCAUUUCGGAGUCGCCAAUCGAAGAGCUGAUCGAAGCCUUCAGGGAAGCAUUAGAUAUCCUCAGCGUGAAGCAUCAAGCGAAGCCCUUAAACCCGCCCACCGAUGGCGAAAGCGACAACAAUUCGGGCGUGAAGAUCACCGUGUCAUUUAUCGAUAACCGGAAACAGAAGCUGAUGGGCUCGUUGCGGAUCGAGCCAAUCGUCCCGAUCGAAGGUGCCCUGGGACGUUCGACGGCUACCGACGGGAUGGACGUCGACGAGACUGAGAUGGAAAACAACCCCAAAUGGGGCGUCGUCUUCAAGCGCAGAAAAGGCGAUGUCCUGCAGUGGAAGAAGAAGUAUGAGGAGCUCGUCCGACUGCUCCCUCCUGGGCUUAUGGUGUCCAAUUCCGCUUGA